AAUUUCUGGCCGCGUCCGUACAUCUGGUCUCUCUUCCAUUUCUUCUUCACACCUCUCAAAUCCCAUCAAUCAUAAGCUCGUUGUGUCACAGUCAACUCAAACCCCCAACUCUUUCAAUCUUCUCUAGGGCACGUAGCCACCCUAUUCCUCCCCCGAAAUUGUUCAAGAGUUCAAUAGCUGAACCCGAACCCGAACGUCCUCAACGUUAACCAUCGCUUUCCGUCAAGUCAAUCAACCUAUUUCCAACUAAUCUCCCACCUAGAAAAUCAUCAAUCACAAUGGCCACCACCGUGGAGAAAGUUGCUGACGCUGCCGUCAACGACGUUACGAACGCUCUGAGCAAUACCUCAAUCACUGGCAAGGAUGAAAACAAAGAUGCCGUCCACGCCAGCGCUGCCGAGGGUCGCCGCCUGUACAUCGGUAACCUCGCCUACGCGACAACCGAGGGGGAGUUGAAAGAAUUCUUCAAGGGCUAUCUUGUUGAAUCCGUCUCUAUCCCCAAGAACCCUCGCACCGACCGCCCUGUCGGUUAUGCCUUCGUGGAUCUAUCCACACCCACUGAGGCUGAACGUGCCAUCGCCGAGCUCUCCGGCAAGGAGAUCCUCGAGCGCAAGGUUUCUGUUCAGCUUGCCCGCACUCCCCAGCCGGCUGGCGAGAAGGCUGAGGGUGCUACUAACGGCGAUACUGGUGCUGAGGGCUCUCGCCGUCGCCCUUCUGGACGUGGCCGCGGCCGAGGUCGUGGACGUGCUGGUCGCGCUGGUCGUGGCGGCCGAGCUGAUGGUGCCAAGGAUGAUGCCGCUACUGAGGGAGCUACCGGUGCCCCAGCCGACAACGAGGUUCUUCCUCUAACCGAUAUCACCAACAAGGUGGAUACUGACAAGGCUGAUAAGACCGCGAAGAGAGGCCCUCCCCGUGAGCGCCGUGAACGCGGACCUCCUGCUGACGGCAUCCCUUCCAAGAACAAGGUCAUGGUUGCUAACCUUCCCUACGACCUGACCGAGGAGAAGCUGAAGGAUCUCUUCCAGGACUACCAGCCUUCUUCCGCCAAGAUCGCUCUGCGACCCAUCCCUCGAUUCAUGAUCAAGAAGCUGCAGGCUCGUGGUGAGCCCCGCAAGGGUCGCGGCUUUGGCUUUGUCACCCUCGCAUCGGAGGAGCUCCAGCAGAAGGCCGUCACUGAGAUGAACGGCAAGGAGAUCGAGGGUCGUGAGAUUGCUGUCAAGGUCGCCAUUGACAGCCCUGACAAGACUGACGAGGAAGCCAACAUUCCUCAGGAGCAUGAGACCAAUGGCCAGCAGGAGGCCGCUCCGGCCGCCGCCUAGAUGGCCUAAACAUAUCUCGAUGACGAACCGGCUUAAUUUCCUAUGAGAGAUGGUUACCGAACAACCCAUUGCUUAUUUUACGGAACGUCUUAUUUUAUGCGUCGAUCGAGAUUACGUGACGAAUUACGUCGGGGAUGGCUUCUUUCUUUGAUUUCACCAUAGUUACGCAGAUGCACCAAGGCAGCGGCAUGACGUGGUCCCAGAUAUCGUCAGUAGGCAAAUACCAUCA